GGAGGCCACUGAUGUUGCUGUAAAAGCCGCAUAUUGCUACCACUGUAGACUAGAUUUAAUCGUUGGGGAAUUAAUGUCGUGUUAUUUAUUAGUUACUGUCGCAGUGUUUUCUGCGGCUAAAAUAUGCACUCGGGAGGGGGGUCUUGUUUGCUGUGUGUGACAGCGUGAAAUGACAAGGUGAGGGGCAGCCUUAGAUUAUCGCUGAGCUUUCAUUAGGGAAAGCUGUGCGCUCCGGUUCGUAAGGCACCCCCCGCCUCCCCCCACCCCCAAGAAUGCCUCAUCCAAACCUCAAUCACGUAUGAUUGCGUAGGGAGAAGACAGAGCGCAGCAAGCCAUUCACCGGCUGCUCGAGUGGGGAAGAACCAACACAUUACGGCUACGCCAGAGAUCUCAUUUCGCAUUCGUUUUUGUAACAAUGACGGCUUGAUUGGUCUUUGCUUCAAGAAGAGGAAUGCUGGCAGAUGUUUGGGGUCUGGCCGUAAAAAUCCAAUGUCUUUUCACCGGAUAGCGACAACAUAAUGUCGCUGCACACUCGCAAAACACAUCCUUUUUCUUAAAGUGUUUAGGAGGAGGUACAGGUUGGUGGCUCGCGCGCUGUCGUCUCGAAGAUCACAAUGCUGCGCGAGGCUGCCGCCUCCUCGGUCCGUUCUGGGUCCUGCGUCGUGCCUUUUGGCUGAAUGAACUGGAAAGUUGUACAACAGUGGAUGCGUUGAUGCGAAUAAUUAUUUUGCUGGUAAAUCACCAACACUGUUUAAGUUUCGGGUAGCUUCCGAAUGUGGGUCCCGUAGGCGCGCUGUCGUGUUUUAGACACUGCUCUCACCUGGAUUCCCAGCUGCUCACUUUUCGUGAAAUUACAGGACAGGGUACGCGCAUUCCUUGAAAUUUAAACCGACGUCAAAGAUAUUCACGGCAAAAAUGUAGAUCGGCUUCUUUACUUGGGUUGUUAUCUGAAUUAUUAAUAGGUGCUCCGUAGAACAUCAAAGUGGCUCCAGUGAUAUAUCCCUCGCCUUAAUCGCAAAACCACCUGGAUAUCGCUCGCUCGUGGAGGAUGCCGUUCAGAUCAUCAAGAUUCUCGGGACUCGGUGGAUUCCCUACAGGGUCGGAAUAGCAGCUUAAUCCCACGCAGUGCUACAUGUUACGGGACACACGUUUGUAUUUACACUUUACUGCGCCAAGUAGCUGCACCGCUCAACCUCUGCCCAGCACCUCGGCUCGCCCGUGGGGAGAUGGCCGCGAUCGCCAGCUCCCUGAUCCGACAGAAGCGCCAGGCACGGGAAUCCAACAGCGACCGUGUUUCCACCUCCAAACGCCGCCCGAGUCCCAGUAAAGACCCCCGCUCUCUUUGCGAGAGACAUUUUUUGGGGGUUUUCAGCAAAGUCCGCUUCUGCAGCGGGAAGAAACGAGCUGUCCGUCGGAGACCAGAUGCCUCCUCCAACCCUCCACAGGUGCGCCGUAAGGGCGUCAGGCUAGAGCCGCAGCUGAAAGGCAUCGUGACCCGACUCUUCAGCCAGCAGGGCUUCUACCUGCAGAUGCAGCCCGACGGCUCCAUCGACGGGAGCAAGGACGAGAACAGCGACUACAGUGAGUACCGAGCGAACUACAAUUCCCAGCAUGCACUUCCCCCUCCGUCUUCCCAGCAUGCACCUGGGCGAUAGUCUCACAAAAUGAUCAAGAAAAAGACAAUAAUUAUAGUGAGGUCAAAGCAGAGCUCUCUGUUUAAAUAAACUGUAAAUAAUGGUGUGGCAAUCUAGAUGAUUUCAGCAGGAAAAUUCUACUCUGUAUUGUCCACUUAACUUCGUAUUUAUGGUUGUGGAUUUAUGCAUUAUUGUUGUUUUCUAUACUGUAAGCCAAAAGCGAUAGGAAAACUUCUAUUAUAUGUUUAAUGGACCUACAGACUUUGUAAAGCCACUGCUGAAGUGUUGCUUUUGAGGGGUCUCAAUGUAAAUAUGCUGGUAUUUCACUGAUUGUGUGAGAUUUUAUAAUGACCUUACUUUACCUUACUUCAUUUUUGUUAAUUUAAGAUGACCUCAUUGCAAAUACGUUAGUUUAAAAUAACCUCACAGCAAAUGUGUGAGAUAAAAUGCUCUCCCUGCAAAUCUCACCUCACAAACAUACUGCUGGUGUCAAUUUAAAUUAGCAUCACUUUAGAUUUGUUAGUUUAACAUAAUCUGACUGCAAACUUGUUUUAAACGAUACCCACUACAAACAUGUACGUGUAAAAUGGCUUCCCUGCAUUUUGGGAUGUUCUCACUGCGAGCGUUGUCGCAGUUUAAAUGACCUUCCGCAAAAUGUCAGUUUAAAAUGACGUUUCAAAUUUGUCAAUUUUGACAAAAUCUCACUGUGAAAAUCGGGGUGCAAAAUGACCGCCCACUGCAGCCGCGUGCGUUUAAAUUGGCGCCACUUCAAACUUGUGAGUUUCAAGCAACCUCCCUGCACAAGUGUCCAUUGAAAAUGACC